AUGAGCAGUACAGCCGCUCCUCGGGGUGUGGCAACCCAGCUCUCGUCAACUGGCCUCAUAGCGGUGACUUGGGUUGGAGCAUCUCUGGGUAUUCUCUUCACAGUUGCUCGCAUCGCAAUUCGAAUAAAAUAUAUGCGAUGUCUGCUGGCCGAUGACUACUUCAUGCUUCUUGCCUUGGCCUUCCUCAUUGCCAACGCAAUCCUCCAAACCUUACAAACACCCCAUCUUUACUAUAUGAUACUGCAGAGCACCGGACCUGAUUUUGUUGAUCAUGUCGUGCGUUACACGCGUUUUGAGUUUGUCAUCAUUGUUAUGUUUCUUCCGUUGAGUCUGAUUUGGGGAACGAGAAUCAACUCCCGGCAAAAGAUCGGAUUGGCCAUCGUCUUCAGUUUCGGAUUUAUGAUCAUCGCAACCGCGAUUGUCCGCGCUGUCGAGAUCACCGGUAAAGCAUACUCCGACCAAGCAGCCCUCGCUGUAUGGAGUAUUGUCGAGUCAUCCAUAUGUAAGUGGCCUCCCACGUUGGACCCAUUGAAGUAUACUAACGAUAGUAAAGCCAUCAUCGUCGGAUGCCUCCCUCCAUUCCGGUCCAUAAUCUCAUCAGGAAAAAGCAUUUCCCAGUACCGCUAUGGUCUAUCGAGCGGCGCUCCAGCUUCCAAUCCUAUUUCGCCAAACGACAAGCUCCGUGCCAGUACAUCCAAUUGGGGCGACGCUUCCUUAACUGUGCAGAAUCAACGGGGAUACCAAAAUAUGGAUCUUGAAAUGCGCCCACUCAAUCAAGGACAGGUUACGCGGCAUUCAAACUACUCGAACGAUACUCCGCGCGGUCCGGAUCUUAAAAUUCAAAUGGUUCAGGAGUUUGUGAGUUUCCCAUCUUGA